AUGCCGUCCGACGACUACUCACUGUCGCGCGGCGGUGGCGGCGCCCUGAAACUAAAAGGCGCCAAGGUCGACAAGAAGAAGAAGAAGAAGAAGAGCCGCGCAAAGACGGACGUUGAGAAGAACCUCUCCGCUGGCGGUGACGGCGGCGAAGACGACGACGCAUCUUCCUCUAAGGAACUUGUCGCGAGGAACCGCGAUGCAAGCCAGGAAGCGGGCGAUGAUGACGAGGAUGUGACGCCGACGCAAAAGACGGAGUCGCAGCAGCAGCACGAAGAGGCCAAGAAGAAGAGACUGCUCAAAAUGGCAGAAAAGUCGGGAUCCCGCCCUGAACUGCUAAAGACACACAAAGAGCGCGUCGAAGAACUCAAUACCUAUCUUUCCAAACUCAGCGAGCAUCACGACAUGCCCAAAAUUGGACCCGGCUAG